UACUUAUCUGUCUGCCAAACUGAAUUCAUGGAACCACUGAAUAAUGUGACAGAAUUCAUCCUUCUCAGCCUCACACAGAACACAGAGAUGCAGAAACUCUUAUCUGUCAUAUUUGCCAUCAUCUACUGCCUUACCCUGGCAGGCAACUUACUCAUUGUUGUGACUAUCACCAGCAGCCCAGCCCUGGGCUCCCCCAUGUACUUCUUUCUGUCCUUCUUAUCUUUCAUUGAUGGCUGCUGCUCUUCUACCAUGGCCCCCAAAAUGAUAUUUGACUUACUGGCUGAAAAGAAAACCAUCUCCUUCAGUGGGUGCAUGACUCAGCUCUUUGCUGAACAUUUCUUUGGAGGAGUGGAGAUUCUCCUGCUCACAGUUAUGGCUUAUGACCGCUACGUGGCCAUCUGCAAGCCCCUGCAUUACAUGAUCACAAUGAGCAGGCGUGUGUGUGGCCUCCUGGUGUCCAUGGCCUGGGCUGGGGGAUUGCUUCAUGCUCUCAUCCAGAUUCUUUUCAUGGUCUGGUUGCCAUUCUGUGGCCCAAAUGUCAUUGACCAUUUUAUCUGUGACCUCUUCCCUCUCUUAAAACUCUCCUGUGCUGACACCCAGGUCUUUGGACUCUUUGUUGCUGCCAACAGUGGGCUGAUGUGUGUGCUCAUUUUUGCUGUUCUUGUCACCUCCUAUGUCCUCAUCCUCUGCUCUCUGAAGACUCGCAGCACCGCAGAACAGUGGAAGGCUCUGUCCACCUGUGCUGCCCACAUCACUGUGGUCAUCUUGUUCUUUGUGCCCUGUAUAUUCGUGUACCUUCGGCCCAUGGUCACCUUCCCCAUUGAUAAGGCAGUGGCUGUGUUUUAUACUGUGGUGACCCCCAUGUUGAACCCUUUAAUCUACACCCUCAGAAACACGGAGGUGAAAAAUGCUAUCAAGAAACUCUGGAGCCAAAGAAUAAUCUCAGAUAGUAAUUCAUCUGAGUAG